ACCACAGUGUCCACUGUCCAGUCGCCUAGUCGCAAAUCUCACCCCGCCGCCAUGGCCUCCCCCGCCGCCGCCUCCCCCGCGCGCCGCCUUUCCGUCAUUUUCUCCUCGACCAAGCCACGCGCCCGACCACCCAAACCGGCGCCGGCUCCGAAAGCGCCGGCCGGCCAGGCGGUUGCGAAACCUGACGAGCGCUGCGAGUCCCGGAAUCUCACGAAAAUCCUGCAGGUCAUCUUCCGGGAGCGCGAUCCGGACAAGCUGGUUUCCCAGUUCAUCGCCGAAUCGACCGCGUCUGAACGCUUCCGCAACAAGCACCGCGUGUACGACGUGGCCGUGGCCCGCCUCGCCUCCUUCGGCCGACACGAUGGCAUUGCUGCCAUCAUCGACUCACAGAAGCCGUUCAUCGCGGCCUCCAGCGUGGGCUUCGCCGCACGCCUCAUCCGCCUCUGCGGCCGCGCCUCCAUGCCGUCCCACGCCGCCGCGAUCUUCCAUGACCUCCCACCGAAGCACAAGUCCUCCAUGACUUUCAAUGCCCUCCUCGCCGCCUACCUCGACGCCAGCGACUUCGACGCACUCGCCACCGCGUUGCAGGAAAUCCCGGCCACACACCCCACUAUUGCUCCCACCAUAUACUCUCACAAUAUACUCAUCAGUGCGCUGUGCAAGAAGCCGGACCUCUCGGCCGCCGUGGAUGUCAUCACGCUCAUGGAGAAGCGCGGUAUUACCCCUGAUAUCAUCUCUUUCAACAUUCUGCUCAAUGGGUUUUACAGCAAUGAUCGCUUUGAUGACGUCGAGAAAGUUUGGGAGAUGAUGAAGGAGAGGAAUGUUGAGCCGGAUGCGAGGAGCUAUAAUGCAAAACUGCGGGGUUUGGUUUCCCAAGGGAGGGUUGAGGAUGCAGCUGCAUUGAUUGAGAGGAUGCAAAAGGAGGGACCAAAGCCUGAUUCAGUGUCCUACAACGAACUGAUUCGAGGGUAUUGCAAUGAAGGGAGGUUGAAUGAAGCCAAGAAGGUAUAUGAUAAUAUGAUAAAGAAUGGAUAUGCACCAAAUAGGGGCACAUUUCAUACCCUUGUGCCACAUUUUGUGGAGGCUGGAGAGCUUGAUCAUGCUCUAAGCUGCUGCCAUGAGAUCUUCACUAGGAAGUGCAGAGUGCAGUGCUCGUUGCUGCAGGGGGUAGUGACUGCGUUGUUUGCUGCAUCAAGGGUGGAGGAGGCUAAGAGGAUCGUUCAUCUUGGAAGGGAGAACUACUAUCCUCGAAAGGGUUUGAGGAUGCCACCACGUACUAGAAAAGACGAGGGUUUGAAGAUGCCGCAACCUGGUGGAGAAGGCAAUGAUGUAGAAGCUGGAACUGAUUCAGAAGAUUCUGUAUCAUAUGAAGAUGGGUGCGAGCAAGAAGAGGAGUCGAAAAAUGGUCAGUGAGGAUGUACCUUUGUAAUUUAAGCAUUGAUGUGGCAUGGCGAUGCAAGCUGAAUUUGCUCUACUUCUUUGAUGGCCUGAUACAACAGAAUUGCCUGUGCAAUUGGAAUUCUCUCGUACUUUAGUAAUAUGAUGGUUUAUUUUGCUUCUCUAGGUUGAUUGGUAAAAACUCCUCCACUCAUUAUAUACAUGAUAUUAGAAUCAACCCCUCUUCCCUAGAAUGGCUUGUUUUGGCAUUUUUUGUCACACGUCUUCAAUAUUGUUAAAUAUGUUUGUUUCAAUGUGUUUUCCCUAUGUAUCUA